AUGCACUCGCCUAUCGCUCGUCUGCCAAUUCGCCCUCGUGAUGAAGAUAGAUCAGUACCCGACGAUAUAACCGAGGAAGUUUAUAUGCAACCUCAAUCUAAACCAGAAGCUGAGGAGAUUGCCGCACUCAAUAGAAAAAACUCGCCGUUUCUGCGUCUAUCUGGAGAACUACGAAACCAAAUCUACGAAAGGCAAAGAAGUUAG